AUGCCAAGAAACAGAGUGUUCACGGUGAAAGGAAUCACCGUUUGUAACAAGAAACGACUUGCUGAUGCCACAGUAGAACUCUGGGAAAGAGAUCGACUUGACCCCAACGAUUUGCUUCACUCAAUGAAAACCGGAAAGGAUGGUGAAUUCCUUGUCAAAGGCGAGGAGGACGAAGUCGGCGGUAUUGAACCGUUCCUCAGAAUCACCCACACAUGUAACGUCAAAAAACAGGGUUGCAAGCGUAUCUCUGAAUACGAGAUUCCAAAGUCAAAGAUUAAUGGCGUCUACGAUAUGACGUACGUGACCUUGGACAUCAUUUCUGCAGUAGACAAGGAGAAAUGUUAA